AUGAAGCAGUUUUCAAACUUUAGCAUGGACUUCUUUUCUCUCCCAACCAACGAGAAGAUGAAGCUGACUAAGAGGAGCUUUCGCAAGGACCACUUAAAUACUUAUCGAGGGUAUUUCCCUACACAACCAGAUCUUGCCAGUGAUAACCUGAAGGAGGAUUCACUCAGCACAUUGCGACUCCUCCACUACCCGACCACCUCAUCAUCCGCUCACUCACAAAGACAAGAGUUAAUGGGUUCUGGUUCCGUGAAGUUGAGUUGCACCCCGCACACAGACAGCGGAAUUCUUACCCUUCUUCAUCAGGAUGCUACAGGGGGUCUAGAGGUUCAAAAUUCAGAUGGGAAAUGGGUUGCUGCGCCGUAUGUUCCAGAAUCCAUCGUUGUGAAUAUUGGCGAUUUGAUGGCGAAAGUGUCAGGUGGGCGGUUCGUUGCUACCAUGCAUCGUGUACGCGCCCCACCCGCGGCCGCGCCCACACUUGCAUCCGUAGCUCCAAUUUCUACAAAUACUGUUGGGACAGAGCAUUUUGGUAGAUUUAGCGUGCCGUUUUUCUUCGAGCCGGGUGAGAAAUGCGUUAUCAAAUCGGUUGACGAUGCGGAUGGGGUCGGCGCCGUUGUUUAUGGGGAGCAUGUGAGGGCUAAGAUGAAGACUUGGGUUGAGUUUCAAGAUCUUUGA